AUGGGGAGGACUUCACGCUGGAAGGCUCGUAGGGGCCGCAGACACCCGAAGGGGCCUUCAUUAACUGCUGCUGCUGUGCUGCAGCGCAAUGAACAGCAGGAAAGGAAGUAUAACAACCCUCCUAGCAGCAAGCAAGCAAAGAGAGAUGCUCAUCCUAUGCAGGGGAGGCAGCAGCAGCAGAAGCAGGAGGGAUCUAGCAAGCAAAAGAAGCAGAAGAAACAGCAGCAGAAACAGCAGCAAGAGCAGCAACAACAGCAACAGCAGCAAAAGAUGUCCAGAAAUCUCCGCAGAAAACUUCGGCUGAUGCAGCAAAAGAAGGGCGUAGAGCAGCAGCAACAGCAGCAGGAUGUGGGUCAAGCCAAGAGCAGCAGCUCCUUAAAAGACUCUUCCUCUUCUGCUGCUGCAGUGAUGCAGCGCAAGCGGUCAAAGCCCACAGGAACGGAUGCAGAAGCAACGCAGGCAGCAGCAAGAACUGCAGCAGCAGAGAAGACAUCUGUAUCGGGCAAGACAUCAACAGCAGAAACAGCAUCAGCAGCAGAAGCAGGAUCAAAAGCAGCAGCUGCAGCAACAACAACAGCAACAGCAGAGAAGACGCGCCACUUGGUGCUGUGGAACGACGUGGUUGAUGGGCCGCCAGACCUGCGGGAGUUUAAGCAAAAGCUCGACGCCCUUAAGGCCAAGUCUUUGCGGAGUGGAGAGAAAAAAGCAGCAACAGCAGCAGCAGCUGCAGCAGCAGCAGGAAUCACAGAUGAGGAGGAAUACGACUCACCAACAAUGAAGGGCAGCAAACGUGCUGCUUCUGGUGCUGCUGCUGCUGCUUCGUAUCAGCAGCAAGUGGCAGAGGCGUACAGACAGCUGAAGGUACGCCGAAGGGCAGCAUAUGAGGAGGAGAGGCAACAGCAGCUGCUGCGGAAGCAGCAGCAGCAACAGAGACGGGAUGGGUAUCGCAAGGGCCGCCAUGCAGGGGAGGCAGCUUCUAGUAGCAGCAACAGCAGCAAGUCGUGGUCCUUUGACAAGGAACUGCUGUAUAGAGACGACUGGGUGUUUAAGCACAGCCUCAACAAACAAGAGUGA